AUGAAUGAACGUCAUACAUUUGGCAGUGUACAUCCACAAUCAACAUCUCAUCUCCUAAUUAAACGCUCCAUUCCAGUAGUACCAGUUCUGAUAGGUCCUCAAAUACCUCGCCGCGAACGAGAAGAAACGCAUGAACGUUAUUGUCGCGCAUUGUUAACAUUAUUCGUUCCAUGGCG